CAUCUCUAGAACCACCUCCAUUGUUUUAGCUGCACCCUCUGAGGUGCUUCCAUAGGUCUAGUUUUCUGCACAGUAAAUAGCAACAUGUUUGGCCGCCCGAGCAUGCUGGGAGUAGUAGUUCUGCAUCAGGUGGAGAUCCACAGUUCGGAGACCACUGCCCGACAGUGUUGUGGUCAGCAGAACUCUUCUCUGGUGACGUCAUGUGCACGUCAUUGUAGGAAGUUGUAGUAUAUGACGCGCAGCAUUGUGCCUUCGCACAGAUGACGCACCAGUCACGGCCGGCAGAUUAUGACAAGCCGGUGUAUCCUGAAUGAUUGUGGAGGCUGGAGCUGGUGGUGAAGGACAGAAGACUCCUGCGGACCAUUGUCAUGCCUGUGGCUUGUUGCUCAGCUUUCCUACCUUGCCUGCAGUUUGAGACAUGAAGCAUUGAAGUCCCAGAAGUUCUUUUCUUUCUGGUUUCUUGUUGCUGCUUCCUCCAGCAUGUAAUGACGGUUCUUCGUCGGUUGUUAAGGAAGGGAGAGGAUUGUGGCGUAACAGGAAGCAACUUAAAUAGAAGACGUUUUUUCACAAGUCUCUUAGGAAAGGUAGUUUUACUAUAGAUCCAAAUUGUUUUGCUGCUAUUAAUAACUUUGCUUCUUGUCUGGAUUUUGAAGACCUAUUCUUCAUAUAUUCGUCUAUAUACCCCUCAACAUAUGUGUAAUAUUCUCAUACAGGAUGAGUUUCAUGCCUCCAGCACUAUAACUUGUGAUGGUGAAUGUAUAUUGCAAACCUUUUGGAGUGCUGAACCGAUUAUCUCCUGGGCCCUGUGAACUUAAGCUGUCUCUUUUGCCGCUCAUAUGACUGCCAAUGGAAGAAGACAUUGUAGGCCAAAUAUAAGGAACUGCUUGAGAAGCACACUACAUUCUAGAUCUCAGAAGCUGGGUUUCUUUCCUCCUUAGCUUUAUAUUCUCCAGCUGGAAGCAUCUGAUCACCCUUAUACUGGAUAAUUACUUUAAAGGGACCUUCCAUCUUAAAGGCCCUAACCCUUCUCAGUAAAAUGAGCUUAAGAAAAUCGGAACCAAGCCAGGGUUAAGUUCAUGAAGAAAGUUGGGUUACUUUUGGUCCCAGUUCUAGUGUUGGGCAUUGGUGGAUUACAUUUAUUGGAUUGCCUUCCUCGCCUGCCAGGAUUUUAUAGCACUGUAACAUUUUCUUGCAUCUGUAUUUUGUAGACUUGCAUAGCUGUCUCUUUAAUUGAUGACUCCGGGAGGUGGGCCCAUGAAAGAGUGUGGAUAUAGUGAAAUCAACACUCGCGGAACCUCCCCCAUGGAGUCUUCUCACAAAAAGAAGAAAAUUGCUGUUAAGCGAAAAUGGGAGGUUUUUCCUGGGAGGAACAAGUUCUACUGCAAUGGCAGGAUUAUGAUGGCCAGGCAAACUGGAGUCUUCUACCUCACUUUGAUCCUAAUUCUGGUCACCAGUGGGCUCUUCUUUGCUUUUGAUUGUCCUUAUUUAGCAGUAAAGAUUACUCCCGCAAUCCCUGCAAUAGGCGGUAUCCUAGUCUUCUUUGUGAUGGGGACGUUACUGAGGACAAGUUUUAGCGAUCCUGGUGUUCUUCCACGAGCAACUGCAGAGGAAGCAGCAGAUUUGGAAAGACAGAUAGAUGUUGCAAAUGGGUCAACUUCAGGUGGAUAUCGACCCCCUCCCAGAACGAAAGAAAUUGUCAUAAAUGGACAAACGGUGAAACUGAAAUAUUGUUUCACUUGCAAAAUCUUCCGCCCACCUCGUGCCUCACACUGCAGUUUGUGUGACAACUGUGUUGAGCGCUUUGAUCACCACUGUCCCUGGGUGGGAAACUGCGUGGGGAAAAGAAACUACAGAUUUUUUUACAUGUUCAUUUUAUCUCUGUCAUUUCUGACAGUCUUUAUAUUUGCUUUCGUUAUCACGCACGUUAUACUUCGUUCUCAGCAAUCAGGGUUUCUCAAUGCCUUAAAGGACAGUCCUGCAAGUGUCCUAGAAGCUGUGGUGUGCUUCUUUUCUGUUUGGUCAAUUGUUGGCCUGUCAGGUUUCCACACAUAUUUGAUCAGUUCAAAUCAAACAACCAAUGAAGAUAUUAAAGGUUCCUGGUCAAGUAAACGAGGGAAAGAAAAUUAUAAUCCUUAUAGCUAUGGGAAUAUUUUUACAAAUUGCUGUGCUGCACUUUGUGGACCAGUGAACCCUAGCCUAAUUGACCGCAGAGGAAUUGUGCAAGCUGAUAUGGCACAGUCAGUCACACCAUCCAAUGGAUUGACUAUGUAUGGUUCUACUCAAUCCCAGAGCAAUAUGUGUGAUCAAGACCAGUGCAUUCAGAGCACCAAAUUCGUUUUACAGGCUGCAGCAACACCUCUUCUCCAGACUGAGCCAACAAUACCUACUGAUGAGCCACCGCUGCCUGGGAAGACCACCAUAAGUGCACCAUGUGCUUCUUUAGUGCUUGGCCAGCCAACACCACCAUCUUCAAUGCCAAAUCUGAACUCAGAAACUGUUUUGACAGACAUGAUACCCUUAAAAGAGGAUAUUGGAAACCAUCAGUUCCUAACACCAGAUGAAGCACCAUCACCACCAGGAAUGCUGCCAGCAAACAGCCCUGUGACUCAUAGCCAUACCAUGCAUGUACUGAACCUUGUCAGCCAAGACUCUUUGCAUGAAGAUUCUGUGCGUGGUCUUGUAAAACUCAGCUCUGUCUGACCAACUGUGACACUGCCCAUCGAACAUAACGCACAAUGGUCAAACCCUGUGAUAGGAUUGCACUGUGUGAUGAUGAAAAAUGCCCUCUGUACAGUGACGUGAAUUACAAAAUGGCAACAACAAUGUAUUUGGGCAGAGUUCUAAUUUACCCAGAUGAAUAACUUUUUUUUUUUGUUUUGUUUUGUUUUGUUUUUUAUCCCUUUUUUAAAUACCUCUUCCUAUAAGUUUAUAUUUUCAGCAGCAGUAGUUCAGUAGGUUUUGGAGAAUUGGCCGCAAUGACCUGUAAAUCAGGAAACACAGCAGGAUUUCUGUGUUCUGAAUACUGUGUAUUGACCUGCUUCUGCUUUAACCUGUGUAUACAUAAAUACUCUUUUGGAAUCUUCCUAACCAGUGGAAAUUCAGUGAAUCUUUUUUUUUUUUUUUCGGACACUGUCUUUUUGCCCAGUUGCCAAGCUUUGGUUUGCAACCUUCUAAAUAUUAAGUCCAGCAAAGUACAUUGUGUUCUAAAAUGGCAACAUUUUCAUCGAGAGUUCAUGGGCCAAAUUAUGUCUAUUUCCCCAGGAUACAGUGCUGCAUUUUGCUGUUGGGUAUGGAUAAAAAUGCUGCUUUUUUUUUCUUUUAAUUUAUGUGUUUGGUUAAAUUAAAAGCACCGGGAAAAAGCACAUUUG